GCGGAAGUGUCGCCGCAGAGAGAGUCGUUUUGUUGACGUCAUGGAGAACAAUAACAACGAGAGAAAAAGAACCCACCCAGAGGAUGAAGAGCCUGAACUGUCAGAUGAGGACUAUGUGCCCUAUAUUCCCCUUAAACACAGGAGAGCUCAGAUGCUCCAAAAGCGACUGCAGAUGCGAAAGAAGGGUGUUAUUGAAGAAGACCAGAAAGACAGUGGAAGUGACCAGCGAGGGGAUGAAGAUGACAUUCCCUUGGGACCCCGAUCUAAUGUCAGUCUCUUGGAUCAGCAUCAACACUUAAAAGAAAAGGCAGAAGCUAGGAAAGAGUCUGCCAAAGAGAAGCAGCUGAAAGAAGAAGAGAAGAUCUUGGAGAGUGUUACAGAAGGAAGAGCUCUGAUGUCUGUGAAGGAAAUGGCAAAAGGAAUCACAUAUGAUGAUCCCAUAAGGACUAGCUGGCGUGCUCCACGUUAUAUUCUAGCAAUGUCUCAAGCACGCCAUGAACGUGUCCGGCGCAAAUACCACAUUUUGGUGGAAGGCGAGGGCAUUCCUCAACCUAUCAAGACUUUUAAGGAAAUGAAACUUCCUGCGGCAAUUUUACGAGGAUUGAAGAAAAAGGGAAUUCUGCAUCCUACCCCAAUCCAGAUUCAGGGAAUUCCCACUAUCUUAUCGGGAAGGGAUAUGAUCGGAAUUGCUUUCACUGGUUCUGGAAAAACACUGGUGUUCACCCUGCCUGUCAUUAUGUUUGGUCUAGAGCAAGAAAAGAGACUACCUUUCACAAAGAGGGAAGGACCGUAUGGACUCAUCAUUUGCCCAUCGAGAGAGUUGGCACGUCAGACACACAGCAUAAUUGAGUAUUUUUGCAAAUUGUUGCAAGAAGACAACUUCCCAACUUUGCGUACUGCACUUUGUAUAGGUGGCAUGUCUGUCAAAGAGCAAAUGGAAACCAUUAAGCAGGGUGUUCACAUGAUGGUGGCAACUCCUGGUCGGCUUAUGGACCUCCUACAGAAAAAGAUGGUGAGCCUGGAUAUCUGCAGGUAUCUGGCUCUGGAUGAGGCUGAUCGUAUGAUUGAUAUGGGCUUUGAAGAGGAUAUUAGGACCAUCUUUUCGUACUUCAAGGGUCAACGACAGACACUUCUCUUUAGUGCCACUAUGCCCAAGAAGAUCCAGAACUUUGCCAAGAGUGCCCUUGUAAAGCCUAUCACCAUUAACGUGGGCCGUGCAGGAGCUGCAAGCUUGGAUGUCAUACAAGAAGUGGAAUAUGUCAAGGAGGAAGCAAAGAUGGUUUAUUUAUUGGAGUGUUUACAGAAGACUCCACCUCCUGUGCUGAUAUUUGCAGAGAAGAAGGCAGAUGUAGAUGCUAUACAUGAAUAUCUGCUCCUUAAGGGGGUGGAGGCAGUGGCUAUACAUGGUGGCAAAGAUCAAGAGGAGAGAACAAAAGCAAUUGAGGCUUUCCGGGAGGAAAACAAAGAUGUUCUGGUUGCUACUGAUGUUGCUUCCAAAGGUCUGGACUUUCCAGCUAUACAACAUGUGAUCAACUAUGAUAUGCCAGAGGAGAUAGAGAACUAUGUCCACAGAAUAGGGCGUACUGGUCGAUCGGGUAACACUGGCAUAGCGACCACUUUUAUUAACAAGUCAUGCGAUGAAUCUGUUCUGAUGGACCUGAAGGCUCUGCUUCUGGAGGCCAAGCAGCGUGUACCUCCUGUACUGCAGGUGCUCAACAGCAGUGAUGAGACUAUGCUGGAUAUUGGAGGCGAGCGAGGCUGUGCCUUCUGCGGAGGUUUGGGUCAUCGUAUCACAGAUUGUCCCAAACUGGAAGCAAUGCAAACCAAACAAGUCAGCACCAUUGGAAGAAAAGACUACCUGGCCACAAGUUCUAUGGAUUUCUAAGGGUGAAAGGCUACGGCUGGAUCUUAAACGGUGGAUUCCAUGUUUAUAAGACUGCUAGAUGUAUCUGUACAUUGGACUUUGUCUGUCGUAAAGAACUACUCUAUAGCAAAGGAUGUAUUUAUUCAUGAUGAUUACCCAGUAGUGGCGUAUUGUCCUCUGGGCUGUAAAAGACUUGCGUUUCUGUGAAACCUUUUUAUCUGCUCUCAAAGCAGAGGCAAAAUAUGUGUGAAUCUCCCCAAAUGUUACUUCUAUUUUUACUUGUAUCAUUUUCUUAUUGUAUUUUUAUGGUUGGUUAACUUUGAUGUCUGGCAAAACUCUCAUUAAUAUGUUUCCUUGAUCUGUGUCUUGGUUGCAUGAGAAGACCGUGAGAGUAUUGGCAUCUGUGAGCGUAUUGAGUCAUUUUGAUGGCAGUGUGCCACAUCAUGGGAUAUAUUACAUUUUGUGUCAUUCAGCCUGCAUUCCAAACCAGUAAUAAUAAAAAUAUUACCAA